AUGGCACCACCUUAUCACAACAGGAACAAGAAGAGAUUCGUUGAUCGUCGAGAAACGAAAUCUGCUGAUAUUAAAAGAGCUCUUACACAUCGUGCUCGAUUGAGAAAGAACUACUUUAAAUUAUUGAAACAUGAAGGGCUAAAAGAACCAAGCAAGGAAGAAUCAAAACAAAAAGAAGAUGAUCAAAGCAGUGACGAAGAAGUCGAGGAUGAAGGUGGCGAUGAACUGAAAAACGUAUCCUAUCCAAGAUUGAAUAAACCGAAACCAACAAGCUUUGCCGAGAGAGCAGCUAUUGCUAAACGGAGAAGAGCAGAGAAGCGUAACGAAAAGUUGCAGAGAAUACAGGAUAAGCUUACUGAGGUAGCUAGACAAGAGAAGAUUAGGGAGUUGAAGAAGAAGGAGUUGAGUAAAAAGACAAAACGCGGACAACCUGUAAUGGGCCCCAGAAUAAACAAUCUACUAGAAAAGAUCAAAAAGAACAAUGAUUAA